CGAGGAGGGAGCGCUUGUGGGAAAGGCGGGGAGAGGCCGGCCCCGCGGGGAAGUGGGUUCUGCCCCCCUCGGAGCUGCACUGAGACUGGAGGCACAAUCGGGCGCAGAAAGGCUGUUCUAUAACUGGGAUCUGUGGUGAGCCUGCUCCUUGGCAGCUGUCUUUGUGGACCAGUGGGCAAAGGGAAAUUGACGCUGACAAGACUUUUGCUUCUUGGAGGGACUGUAAUCUACUGUAGUGAAGAACAGACCCUCUCAGUGACACGGGUGUAAAUAAGAGACGGAGGGGAGCCCAAAAGAAAAGGAAGAGGAGGGGGGAAAAAGUGUGUGUUCGGGGCAGUGGGGAAGAGCAUUUUUGGUGGAUGGUAUGAAGCCAGCCAUGGAAACUGCCGCGGAAGAAAAUACAGAACAAAGCCAAGAGAGAAAAGUGAACAGCAGAGCUGAAAUGGAAAUUGGCAGGUACCACUGGAUGUACCCAGGCCCAAAGAACCACCAGUACCAUCCUGUGCCAACCCUGGGGGACAGGGCUAGCCCCUUGAGCAGUCCAGGCUGCUUCGAAUGCUGCAUCAAGUGUCUGGGGGGCAUCCCCUAUGCCUCCCUGGUGGCCACCAUCCUCUGCUUCUCUGGGGUCACCUUGUUCUGUGACUGUGGGCAUGUGGCUCUCGCGGGCACUGUGGUGAUUCUUGAGCAACACUUCUCCACCAACACCAGCGACCACACCCUGCUCAGCGAAGUAAUACAACUGAUGCAGUACAUCAUCUAUGGCAUUGCAUCCUUCUUCUUGUAUGGGAUCAUUCUGUUGGCAGAAGGCUUUUACACCACGAGUGCAGUGAAGGAGCUGCACGGUGAGUUUAAGACCACUGCCUGCGGCCGAUGCAUCAGUGGAGUGUUCGUUUUCCUCACAUAUGUGCUUGGAGUGGCCUGGCUGGGUGUCUUCGGUUUCUCUGCAGUGCCCAUGUUUAUGUUCUAUAACAUAUGGUCAACCUGUGAAGUCAUCAAGUCACCCCAGACCAACGGGACCACUGGUGUGGAGCAGAUCUGCGUGGAUAUCCGGCAAUAUGGUAUCAUUCCUUGGAAUGCUUUCCCAGGAAAAAUAUAUGGCUCCACCCUAGAGAACAUCUGCAGCACAAAUGAGUUCUACCUGUCCUAUCACCUGUUCAUUGUGGCCUGCGCAGGAGCUGGUGCCACUGUCAUUGCCCUGAUCCACUUCCUCAUGAUACUGUCUUCUAACUGGGCUUACUUAAAGGAUGCAAGCAAAAUGCAGGCUUACCAGGAUAUCAAAGCAAAGGAAGAACAGGAACUGCAAGAUAUCCAGUCUCGGUCCAAAGAACAACUCAAUUCUUACACAUAAAUGUCUGCCAGUGUGUUUCAGCUGAAGAAUUUACAGCUCUGACAAAUCAGCAGACAGCUGCUCUGCAGCACAGAUGUGUACCCCACCAAACUAACACAGAAGUAGAAACACUUCACUGUCUCGAGCUGCUGGGAUGUGUUUCUAGGAAAGCCUUCCAGUGGGUACAUCUUUUUCUUUAGAACAGAUAUUGGAGGUUUCAUGCUAGCCAUUUUAAAAGGCAACACUUUGACAAAAUGAUCGUUUAUCUUUUGAAAUUUGUGGCACGUGCACCCUUAUUGCUAGAGCAAUCCUACCAAGACAGGCUAUUCCGUGAUGUGCCAGCAUCAAGGGAUGUGACCAUAAAAACUCACGGAUGCCACCUGUCCUCAAAAUAAAUGUAUCCUAUAGAAAACAAAAUGGAAUUGGUGUGCAGUGCAGUUCCAUUUGACAGCUGACAUUUACUCAACUUUGGCUCAUCAAAGAUAAUGUGAUCCUUCUACUUAACUUCAAAAGAAAAUUGUUUUUAGUUGACUUCCUCCCCCACCCUACCCCCAAGACCAGGACACAUUAAUUACCUGAGCUGAUCAGAAGUCAACUUUUCCAUUAUGCUAAAAUGAGUCCCUAUAAUUCUGCUGCACCCACUACUGAAUAAGCUGGAGUCGAGUGUGUCUUACUGACAAGCCUUCCAGAAUCAAUUUUAUAGUAGACUUCAUUUUAAUAAAAUGGUAAUGGCCCAUUUGUUGUCCUCCUUGGGAAAUAAAUGUCAGCUCUGCCUUAAUGAAUAUUUGCUUUAAAUUUCUAACUCCUCCAGGGACUUUUGUUCCAUAAAUGUUUUUCUUAAUUAAGAAGUGUUACCUUAUUAAAAUGACCACCAUUCUACACCAUUCUUAAGUGGUCUGGAGAGUGAGUUUACAGUUUCAUACCAACUAUCUAAAACCUAACGCAAAUAGACCACAGACCUCUUACUUUUAUAGACUUGAAUAUUAAGUAAUUUAAAUUAGGGUUAGUAUUUAUUUCAAUUUUUCUCAUCUAAAUCUGAGUUUCCUGGAAUAAUAAAGUGCAAAGUUCAGCAAGAAAACUGCUUGCAUUUAAGCCAUUUACAGAAGAAACUUGCCUUCUAAAUCAUUGUGUUCCAGAACAUUAGGUGACUAUAGGUACUGGGUAUUAGUGACGGUAACCUUUGUGUUGUUCUUUAUGAAAUGAUACAUGUAACUGCUGGGUGCAUCAGUGCUUUUUAAUAGGGGCUGCAUAAUCUAGUUAACUGUAUAUUCAUGUUAAGAGUAACCUGUGGUUUGGCUGUUUCCUGGAUUUUAAAACUUAUACAUGUGCAGAAAUGUAUUAAAAUGAAAGGAAGCAUACCUUUAUCAAGAUGCUAUUAAAAUUGAAUACUCAUCAAGUAUGAUAUUUCACUUGGAUUCUUUUUUUGGUUAAAGCCUAAAAAUGCCUCUGUGGAUCUUUUUACCUUCUAAUUGGGAGAAGCUCUCUUGUAUAACAGUAGUUUCCAGAAUAGCAUAGUGUUCUGUUUUCCUGUUGCAUGACAGACUUAAUUUCCCUCUCCCCCUGCAGUGGAGGCGCUGUGGCAUCCAGUGUGCUACAAGAGGUAGUGUCUAAAGCCUAAUUUUACUUUUCUAAUUCUGGUAGCACUACCUGGAAUUUUUGGAAGUUUUGUUUAAGUAGUCUAAUGUUUUUUAUGUAAAAAGCAUUAAAUUUUGCUAUGUAUAAAUUUUUGUAACCUAACAGUGAAUCAAUAUUUUCUAUCAGUGCCAAGGGCUUCCUGUAGUUCUAUUCAAGUGUUACAAUAAAUAUUUAUAGAUAAUAGUCAAUACUUGUGUAUGCUUAUUUUAAAGAACUAUUUAGGUGGAAACAGUUGUGGAUGUACUACGAGUAAUGAAAUAAAAUUAUAGCUUCAUUUA